CCCGUGGGGCCGCCAAUGGCCGCUGCUGUCAGCCCAGGCCGGGCGGGGGACGGCCCCCGGUGCGUGACCUUGGGUCCGGCCCGGCGCUUCCUCAGUGCCCCGUGGCCGCCGCCGCCGCCUGGCUCCUGCGGAGGGGGUUUGUCCUGCCCUCCAAAUCCGGCCUCGCCGGUGCCGUCCAGCGCUGUCAGAGCGGUGCGGUGUCAGCCGGUGUCACCUCGGUCGCGGUUUGUGCCGGUUGCGGGCCGGUUGGACGGGAGGAAGCCCGCAACCGGCACAAGCCGUUGUCGUGGGGGAAACGUCAGUCGAGGGGGCCCGAGCGGGCCCGAGCGGGGUCUGUCAACCGCCCGGCGCCUCCUUCGGGGUUCCGCGGGAUACAUCCCAGCCCGCUUCCCGGGGGACCGGCCCGGUCCGCGGGGGAAGGAAAGGGAGGCUGGCGGCAAGGCGGGCAAGGACAGCGGCAAGGCCAAGGCCAAGGCCGUGUCACGCUCCCAGAGAGCCGGGCUGCAGUUCCCAGUCGGCCGCAUCCACAGGCACCUGAAGACUCGGACCACCAGCCACGGGCGCGUGGGAGCCACGGCGGCCGUGUACAGCGCGGCCAUCCUCGAGUACCUGACCGCUGAGGUGCUGGAGCUGGCCGGGAACGCUUCCAAGGAUCUCAAAGUCAAGCGGAUCACGCCCCGGCACCUGCAGCUGGCGAUCCGCGGUGAUGAGGAGUUGGACUCCCUGAUCAAAGCCACCAUUGCUGGUGGAGGUGUCAUUCCCCACAUCCACAAGUCCCUGAUUGGAAAGAAGGGACAACAGAAAACGGCGUAGAAGGAGUGCGGCACCGGAUCCCCCCCCCGUCAUCGUACUGUACCUGGGCACAGGAACAUCUCGGGGAUACGAGGAGUUUUUUUUAAGGAAUAGUUCAAAGGAAGAGCAUAGAGGAUUGACUGUAGAGGAAACAUUGGGAUGGGUUUAGAUUCUGAGUAGGACACACCGUGGGCUGUGGGGCGGCAGCCGGGGGUGGGUGAGGGGCUUGGCUGCCCCUGUGUUUUAUACAAAAAUGGAACCCAUAAACCAUUUUUUAC